AUCUAGCCUACCAUUCUUAACAUCUUUGUCUAAAAUGUAAAUUAAAAUACUUAAAGUAAUCAUGUCAUAAUGUAGUGUCAGAUAAAUAUGUUUUUGUCUCUUUCCUCCGCAGUAAGGAACGCUGAGAGAAUGACGUCAUCAGACGUUCCGCAUAUAAUCACUUUCAAAAUUAUUAAGAGGCCGAAAAUAUUUAGUUGACUAGUUGAAAUAUUAUAAUAAACAUUAAAAUAACUUCCCUUUGUGCAAGUACUGUGUCAAUACUUUUAUGUUCUAUCACUGAUGGCAUUUUGGACAUUGAUUUCUACGUGGAUUUUUGGAUCAUUUUAAAGAAACCAGUUUGACACAUUAGGUGUUUACGUUAUUAGUUACACACAAUGUGUUCCUUAACCAAAACGAGUUAUCUUUUAUUCAUAAGAGAACUAACGUGCCACAGAAGCGUGUGUUUUCACUGUUUCCAUGGAUAACGUGUAUUAAAUAUUAAAGCAUUUGGUGUCAAUUUGACACCCUCGUGACACGAGCUAUUUAUCAGCAUAGACCUUUAAUGUAAUGGCAAAGCACUUCGCCCGGGUCCGACUCUAAUUUCAGUCCAACGCAAAUUGUAUAAUGUAGAUGUUUAACGGCAAAAUGGAGCGCCGGGCAUCGAGGGCUCAUGAGGAGCACAGAGCAGAGAGGAGGGUGAGAUUCCGGGUGGCUUCAGCGCACAGUGGACGCGUCCUGCAGGAGGUCUUCAGAGAGGAUGCGCUCGAGGACUCUGCGGACACAGACACAACGGUCAGCUCAGAGCCCGAGCGCGCCAGCUCGCCCGCCAUCAGUGAGGCAAACAGUCAUUUGAGCGGCCUGGUGGGGCAUGAAGCUGACGACAGCGGCAGCGAGCCCGAUGAGCUCCUCAUGUACGCCAGUGUCGCAAAAGAAAAGUUGUUUACCGGGAAGCGCGUGAACAUUUUCAGUAAGAACGGGACCAUCCGGGGCGUCAGAGACAAAGUGAGUGCUGGACAGGUGCUAUUUAACAACCUGUCCAAAGUGUAUGGGGACUCCCUUGUUUUGAAUCGCCUAAAAGACCUUGAGCAGAUGCCUAAAAACAGCUUCUGAAUGGCCUGCAGCAGAGCAUGCUGGGUCACAAAGUACUAGGGUGUCGCUCCGGUGGAUGUCCAUGAGGCUUCAGUAUACAUGAAAGUAAUGAACAGUUGCCAAUGAAUUUCCUGAUAAGUGAUUUAUAAUAUGUAUAUAUUGUGGUUCUGUAAUUAUAUUUUAUAUUAGCUUUUUGCAAAAAUGUUCUUGAAUAAAUGAAACUAAAUGAAUGAGACUAUGUCAACAGAUUGUUGUAACUGUCUUUGUUUGUAGUCCUUGUUUUCUGUAGUUGACCAUGUGUUGUGA